GAGUUGUGGUUUGGACGUCUGUCUCACAUCUGCUCAGGAUGUAAGACACGUUUUGUAACUCAGACAUGGUGGAGAUGAGGUCAAUUGUGAUACAAAUCCAGCAAUCCAUUUGCGAUAGCUCUUAGACGUGAAUCUGUUUGGAAAAGGUUGAUGAUUAAAAUCAGGGCAAAGUGCAUAGCUGUGCACAAGCCAGCGAGGACAUACGACGAGUUUAUUCGCCAUUGCACAACUUAGCUUUAAUUUAACAGGAGUUGGACACCGGGACAUGAGCGCUAUGUGCUACUUUUGCGACGUUCUCGGGCGCAUAUGGCAAUCUUCGUUUGUUCUGUUUUAUUUGUUGGGGUUUUGGAUAGCACCUGCCUUACUGCACCCGCAAUGCUUGGAUUUUAAGCCCCCUUUUCGGCCUCAACAGGAGCUGCAGUUCUGUCAGAUGUAUAAAUACUUCGGCUGCUGUGACUAUGCCAGGGACCAAGAGCUGAUGGCAAAAUAUUACCGCGUAAUGGAUAACUUCGAUUAUUACUGGUACUCGAACUGUGCCGCGAACGUGCAGGAUCUACUGUGCCAGGAAUGCUCUCCAUAUGCUGCUCACCUGUUUGAUGCUGAAGACCCUAGCACACCUUUAAGGACCAUCCCAGGACUCUGCCCAGACUACUGCUCUCUGCUCCAUUCCAAGUGCAGUUCCUUCCUUCCACUGCUGUCUGACGAUCCACGUGUUCAAGAGCUUCAGCAUGACCAGCGCGGGCUCUGUCAGUACCUGGAACUGGAUGACCCAGAUUACUGUUAUCCUCAUCUCCUAAGCAAUGAACUGUUAACCAAAAACCUGGGCCGCACCGCAGCUGACUCGGAGGGCUGUCUGCAGCUGUGUUUAGAGGAGGUAGCCAAUGGACUCAAAAACCCUCUUGCCAUGGUUCACGCCAACGAUGGCACACACAGGUUUUUUGUUGCGGAGCAAGUCGGCGUGGUCUGGGUCUACCUUCCAGAUCGAUCUAGGCUUGAACAGCCGUUUCUAAACAUCACAAAAGCUGUGUUGACAUCCCCAUGGGAAGGUGAUGAAAGAGGUUUUCUGGGACUUACCUUUCACCCCAAAUUUAAAUACAAUGGAAAGCUGUAUGUGUACUAUUCGGUGGAGGUGGGCUUGGAUGAGAGAAUCCGCAUCAGCGAGUUCCGAAUUUCCUCAACGGAUGUGAACGUGGUUGACCACAGCUCAGAAAGAAUUAUUUUGGAGAUUGAUGAACCUGCUUCUAAUCAUAAUGGUGGCCAGCUUCUGUUCGCCGAUGAUGGGUACUUGUACAUCUUCACUGGUGAUGGUGGAAUGGCAGGCGAUCCAUUUGGGAAAUAUGGAAAUGCACAAAACAAGUCUGCCCUGUUGGGAAAGGUUCUUCGCGUUGGUGUGGAUGACAACGAGAGGGGUCCGCUGUACAGAAUUCCACCAGACAAUCCGUUUGUGCAUGAACCCAACUCUAGACCAGAGGUGUUUGCCUACGGCGUGCGUAACAUGUGGAGAUGCUCGGUAGACAGAGGGGAUCCCAUGAACAAAGAAGGAAAAGGACGAAUCUUCUGUGGGGAUGUGGGCCAAAAUAAAUACGAAGAAAUAGAUAUUGUGGAGAAGGGCCGGAAUUAUGGCUGGAGAGCAAAAGAGGGCUUUUCUUGUUAUGACAAGAAACUCUGUGCUAAUAGCUCUUUGGAUGACGUCCUUCCGAUUUACGCAUAUCCACACAAAAUUGGUAAAUCUGUCACAGGAGGGUAUGUGUACAGAGGCUGUGAAUAUCCAAACUUAAACGGCAUGUACAUAUUUGGAGACUUUAUGAGUGGACACCUGAUGAGUUUGAAAGAAAACACAAACACAGGCAGGUGGGAGUACAAUGAGAUUUGCAUGGGCAUGGGUCUGACCUGUUCGUUUCCAGGCCUCAUCAACAAUUACUAUACGUACAUCAUUUCAUUUGCGGAAGAUGAAGCCGGUGAACUCUAUUUCAUGUCCACCGAAGUACCAAGUGCGACAUCCCCUGCAGGUGUGGUGUACAAGAUUGUUGACCCCUCAAGACGUGCGCCCCCACGAAAAUGUCAUUAUGACCCAUUUCCAGUUCGUGUUAAGAGCAACCUAAUACCAUUCAAGCCUAAGGAAACAUUAAUGGGAGUCAGUGUUCCGACAAAGCAUCCAAGACUCGCAGAUCAGGAGAAACCCCCUGAACCUGAUUCAAAAGAGCUGCUGGACAUCUUAAGGGAGCAGGAUGGACAGAACCCCACUCCGUUCACCCCAACCACACCCAAACCUCUCAGGACAUCCCGCCAACGGAAGGGUAGACGCAGGAAGGGCAAGCACAAGAAUGGAGCCGUGAGGUUGGUUGGGAAUGAGGAAGGUCGACAGGAUCGGGGAAGAGUGGAGGUGUAUGUCAACAGGGAAUGGGGGACUGUUUGCGAUGAUCUCUGGAACACCAAGAACGCUGUGGUGGUCUGUCGACAGUUGGGGUUCCAACACGCACUUAAGGCUGCCAAGCACGCUGAGUUUGGGGAGGGCAAGAACCUGAAGAUUAUUUUAGAUGAUGUGCAGUGUGAGGGGACAGAAGAAAGUCUCCUGGAUUGUCAACAUGCCGGGGUGGGCAAACAUAACUGUGCUCACUACGAAGAUGCAGGAGUUAUAUGUGGAGAUUCAGCUCCAGGUCUGAAAUAAUCAGGAAAAUAAAUCUUGUUAUUUGUUGUAGCACAUAGGUCUACCUCAUCUAUUUCUGUAACUUAGAUACAGAGGACAUGAAGUAUAAUUAUAUGUGAUAUUUCAGUUUUAAUAGUGACUAAACAUUCAUGUUCAUCCUGAUUUGCUGCUAUCAAUGAAAAUUAAAGUAUCAAUGAAACAACUAGCUGUUGAACCGCAAGUCACGUGUUUAGCGCAAAGACCUGCCUUGAUACCACAGUAAGUGUAUUGCUUAUGCGGCCUAUAUAAAUGUUUUGAACAUUCCGUUUUAGUUUGGUUGUUUGUGUCCUCCCCUUUGAAUGAAACUGAUUGUACUCAGUAAGUAAGUAAGAACCUUAUUGUCACUGUGCAUGUACAGUACAUGUACAAUGAAACUUUGGUGGAGCAAGUUCCAGAUGCCAUCUUUAUACAUAUACAUACAUACUAUUAUACAUAUAAUAUGCCAUUUACAUGGUACACUAUACAAAACAAUACGAUGUAUACAAUAAACAUUGGUAAUACACAAUAUACACAGUAAGCUAGACAACACGGUGCACAGAAAACACAACACAAAGAGAACAGAUGUGCAUGGAUGUAAACAUUGUGUGUAUGAAUGUGCAAUAAAUGUUAUGUGCAAAUAAUCAGGAAGUGACGAGUACUGAGGUAGGAGACAUUACUUUUAGACACCACUAGACAUAAACUUAUGUGCUGUGUAACCACUAUAGCUUGUAACAAUAUUUUUCGUUAGCAUCAAGCAUUAAUGUUUGUGGAAAUGGGUUACUAGAUUGUUGAUGGUUAAGUUUAUGUUUAGUGGUAUCUAAAUAAGGAAGAACGCUCAUCCUCGAUGAGCUGUUGCAUGUAACUUACAGUAGUAUGACGUAAUAGCGUGUUGUAUCGCGUUAGCAUUAUUAGCAUUUAGCCGAUAGCUGGGCUACAGCUUGGCUCCAUAGCUCAGUGGUUAGAGCACUGGUCUUGUAAACCAGGGGUCGCGAGUUCGAUCCUCGCUGGGGCCUCAAAGUUUUUAAUUUUGUGCAGUAAAUUUCCCAGUUUACAGGUCGCCAUAAGUAAUUAGCGUUAUACAAAUUUUAAAAAAUUUGCAGUGCUUAAAUGUGCAUUAAAAGUAAUGUGUGCUCAUCACGUGUAAAUUUAUUCAAUAAACA